AAACGAACGAACGGCAUGAAGUGUUUAUGUGAAAAAAAAAAAACGAGAUUUGAUUUAACCGGGAACUCGGAAAAAAGUAGAAAAGUGAAAAACAAGUAAUGAAAAUUGGUGAAAAAUAAAAAUCUUCGUUUUCCAUGAGAAACCCAGAAGUAUUUUUGUUUCUCGGAUUCUUUUUAUCUAAUCAUAAUUAUGGAUCAUUACAAAUCAGUUCAUCCACUAAAAUAUUAUCAAGAUUACUUGGCACAUAGUGUGAGGCCCGAUGGACGAGGUCUGAGCAAGUUUCGAAAUGUAUCGAUAAACAUAAACUCCAUAAACACUGCUGAUGGAUCUGCAAUUGUUCGCAUUGGAAACUCAUGUGCAGUUUGUGGAUUCAAAGCGGAAUUGGGACCACCAAAACCGGAAUGUCCAGAAAACGGAUUUUUAUUGAUAAAUGUCGAUCUACCACCACUUUGUUCGUCGCAAUUCCGACCUGGACCUCCGAGUGAAAAGGCUCAAGUAUUGACGGCUUACAUAAACGAUAUUGUAAGCAAAUCUCGAGUAGUAGAUUUGAAAUCUUUAUGUAUUUGCGUUGAUAAACUAGUUUGGACCUUACAUUGUGAUAUUAUUUGUACGAAUUACGAUGGCGCUGUGAUAGAUGCGUGUUUUUCAUCAUUCAUUGCUGCACUUCAAACUGUCAAAUUACCAAAAGUGGAAUAUAACAGUGAAAUUAAUACUACUAGUGUAGAUGAAAGUUGUAGAAUACCAUUGAACAUAUUGUGUAAGCCUGUAUCAACUUCGUUCGCUGUUUUCGACGAAGACACAAUAUUGGCAGAUCCGUGUGCUGAAGAAGAAUCCUUAAGUUUGGGGCUUCUGACUGUAGUGGUUGCUGGUGAUGAAUUAUGUUCGAUACAUAAACCAGGUGGUGCUGUAUUAUCCGAUAUACAAAUUCAAAAAUGUAUCUCUGAAGCAAAAGCGAGAGCCAAGUGGGUUAAUAAUGUGAUAACUUCUGCACUGCAACAAUCAUGAAUGAAUUCCCAUUUUUUAUUACGUUUUACUUGUGUCUAUUUUUUAAAAAGCAGUUUAACCAGAUUUCAAAUGAAUGAAGUACUCGCAUUUUUUUAUUCGAGAUUAGUGUAUCGUCGAGUAGCGUUAAUGACCUGUGUAAAUUUCAGUCAAAUAGUCGAAAGUGGGUAAUGAAAAUUAGUUUCAGGCAAUAAAACAUUUUACCGGUUCUUA